UGGGGUGAGUGUGCCGUCCUGCUGUGCUUUGUUAAAUCAGGUCAAUUCUCACGCCCCUCUCUUCCCAGCACCUCUGAGAUUUUCUGCUGGGCCUCUGCCCUGGAACUGGAGCCCCACAAUGAUAAAAGUCCAGGGUGUCCUCUGGAUUUUGCUGUUGCUGUGGCCAGAGUCAGAGACAGCCUCCUCCUUACCCCUGCUCAUGGACUCCAUCAUCCAGGCCCUUGCUGAGCUUGAGCAAAAGGUGCCGGUAACUGAGGCCAGUGGCACUGCCCCUGCACGGAUACUGUCAGCCAACCACUUCAGCCCCCACAAUUCUCUUCACCAGUACUUGCUGCGGAAGGUACCAAGCCACAACACGACAGAGUCAGAGCCCCACUCACUGAGCCCAGAACUUCAGGCUCUGAUGUCAGAGGUGGCCCAACAUGAUGUACAGGAUGGGCAGGAAUACGGAGUGGUGUUGGCACCUGAUGGCUCCACUGUAGCCGUGAAGCCUCUACUGAUUGGGCUAGAGGCUGGUUUGCAGGGGCACGACUGCUUGGCCACCCCUUGUGAUGCUGGAGACACCACGACAAACGUUGCAGCCAUCUGGCCAGGACUAAUGGACGCCUCCACAAAAGCCUCUUCUACAGAUGUUGGAGCCACUUCACCAAACGAAAAAGCCAAGACUCCCACCACUGUGGACAGACUCUUGGCAGUCAUCUUGGCUGGAGACUUGGGUCUGACAUUCCUCCACGGUUCCCAGACUCAGAGUUCUCCAGGACUGGGAACCGAGGGUUGCUGGGACCAGCUUUCUGACCCCAGGGUCUUCACACUGUUGGACCCCAAGGCAUCCAGGCUCACCAUGGCUUUCCUCAAUGGUGCCUUGGAUGGAGCUCUCCUUGGGGAUCACUUGAGCCGGGUUUCUAGGCCCCGGCCACCCCUCAGCCACCUGCUGAGAGAGUACUAUGGAGAUGGGGUGGCUGGCGAUCCAAAGUUCCGAAGUAACUUCCGAAGGCAGAACGGGGCUGCAUUGACUUCCGCUCCUACCCUGGCCCAGCAGGUAUGGGAGGCCCUUGUCCAGCUACAGAGACUGGAGCCAAAACAGCCACAGUUGCAGAACAUGACCCAAGAAGAGCUGGCUCAGGUGGCUACCCUUGCUACCAAGGAAUUCACUGAGACUUUCCUGGGAUGCCCAGCCAUUCUCCCUCGCUGCCGCUGGGGAGCCGCGCCCUACCGAGGCAACCCGACACCACUCCGGCUGCCACUCGGAUUCUUAUAUGUGCAUCACACAUACGUGCCAGCACCACCCUGCACCACCUUCCAGCGCUGUGCGGCUAACAUGCGCUCCAUGCAGCGUUUCCACCAGGACGUGCGUCACUGGGAUGACAUCGGCUACAGUUUCGUGGUAGGAUCCGACGGCUAUGUGUACGAGGGCCGUGGCUGGCACUGGGUGGGCGCACAUACGCGCGGCCACAACAGUCGCGGUUUCGGCGUCGCCUUCGUGGGCAACUAUACUGGAUCACUGCCCAGCGACGCAGCGCUGAAGACGGUUCGCGACGUGCUCCCGAGCUGCGCCAUUCGCUCAGGCCACUUGCUGCCAGACUACAAAGUGCUGGGCCACCGCCAGCUAGUGCACAGCGACUGCCCUGGGAAUGCACUCUUCAACCUGCUGCGCACCUGGCCUCACUUCACCGCGGCUGAAAACUAAAAACUCCUCUGAGGGAGCCUUGGAGAUCCAGGAAGCACUAUCCCUGAUGCUCCUUUGAGCAACCACAGACCUCCAAUAAAGGGACCACUGAAAGGAAGUCUCCAUGAGCAUUGUCUCACUUUGGCUUUACUCAAAAGUCAACUUGGAGACCAAAACCCAAGCCAAGUGUGUGGCUCAGUGCUAGAGAGUCUAGUUGACAAGAAACCUUUUGUUUCUUUUUUUCUUUUUCUUUUGGGUUUUUCGAGAUGGGAUCUUGUGUUCCUGGCUUUUCUGAAACUCACUCUGUAGGCUAAGCUGGCUUUGAACUCACAGAGAUCCCCCUGACACAGUCUUCUGAGUGCGGGGAUUAAAGGCGUGCACCAAUACUGCCCAGCCAAGGCUCUUGAUCCUGACUCCAGAAUGGCAAAAUAAAUAAAACUGGAUAUGGGAGCUCGCAUCCGUAAUCAUAGCAUUUGGUAGCUUGAGGAAGGAGGAUUGCUUUGAAGCUAUCAUAACAGUGAGUGCUACAGAGUUAGAAUAAAAAUGGAGGCAGUUUAUUUUAUGGCCUUGCAAAGUCAAAUGCCAACAAAAACAGCAAGCAUGUUUUGUUAGGGGGAAAACUGUCUCUUUUUUUAUGAUUCUAUUCAUUCUAGAUUCUAUUUCCCCUUUUUUCAGUGUACAGUCUUAGUCAUAAUGUAGCAAGCUGCCUGUAUCACCAAUCCCAAGAUAACCUUUGGUUUGAAAAGGUUAGCUCAAAGGUCAAACAAAAAGGCACAAGCUAUUAGGAAAAGGAACCCAAUGCCUCUUACUUACCUAAAACCAAAGCCCAUCUAAGGGACUUUUGUGUUGAAAAUGAACCACUGUAUUUUGUUUCCCACCAAGGUUCUAACCUCUACCACGGAAUCAAGAAAACAAAAACAAAUAAAUGAAUUUUAGUAUAAAAUGAUGAAUUGGAGGCAACCCUAGAACUUCCUGUUGGGGGAUGAGAAAGUGAAGCCUGGAGGAAAAGUAACCAGAGAAAGCAGUGUUUAAAAAAAAAAAAGGUUUCUGGGGGCUGGAGAGAUGGCUCAGCCAUUAAAAGCACUGGUUGCUUUUCCAGAGGUACUAAGUUCAAUUCCCAGCUAC